AUGCUGUGGAAGUCGCUGGCUCUCCUGACUGUGACAGCCCAGAACGUUGAGGAGGACGCCGAGGGCGAGGAGAUCAGAACGCAGCAGUCUUCAACACUGGCAAGACGACAGCUGCUAGUGGCGCUCCAAGCAUCCGCUGCCCAUCGUGAGGAGAACCGGCGUACCAGUGCCAACCGAAUAUCGUUUCUGGCUGCCAAUAGCCAGGAACUUUCGAGUCCAGGAUUCCAGGGGAGGACUGUCUUCAAAGCUCACAUUCGAGAUCUCGCUGCUCAGCCGCAUCCGAAUUUGAUGAUCCAAGCGCUUUCGCUAGCAGUCAAGACGUUCAACGACGAAGUUCACAGUUGCCUCACUCGAAUGCAUGCGUGUGAUCGUGUCGCAGGAUUUGAGCGUCGUGCUGAGGUCCGACGUGUCGUCCUGGGUGAUCUUGUGUCUCGUGAUUGA